CCAGCGUGCUCCGGGGCACAGCGCGGGGCGGACGCUGUUACACAAAGGGGCUGCGCGGAGGAAAUGGCGGCCGUGGGGACUGAGGGCAGCGGCAAAAUGGAGGAGGCGGCGGCGGCGGCGGCUAACGGGGCGGGCAGCGCCGGGGACGGGCCGCCUAAGAGUGAAGGUGAACGACCAAGCCAGAAUGAAAAAAGGAAAGAGAAAAGUGUCAAAAGAGGGGGAAAUCGUUUUGAGCCGUAUGCCAACCCUGCUAAAAGAUAUCGAGCUUUUAUCACAAAUAUUCCAUUUGAUGUGAAGUGGCAAUCUCUCAAAGACCUGGUCAAAGAGAAAGUUGGUGAGGUAACAUACGUGGAGCUCUUAAUGGACGCUGAAGGAAAGUCAAGGGGAUGCGCUGUUGUUGAAUUUAAGAUGGAAGAAAGCAUGAAGAAGGCUGCCGAGGUUCUGAACAAGCAUAGUCUCAGUGGAAGACCUCUGAAAGUGAAAGAAGAUCCUGAUGGCGAGCAUGCCAGAAGAGCAAUUCAGAAGGCCAUGGCAGCUGGUGGCAUGGGUAUUGGCCCAGGACCAGGAGGCCCUGGAAUGAUCAACAUACCACCCAGCAUCCUCAAUAAUCCCAACAUACCCAAUGAGAUUAUCCAUGCUUUACAGGCUGGGAGACUUGGAAGUACAGUAUUUGUUGCAAAUUUGGAUUACAAGGUUGGCUGGAAGAAACUGAAGGAAGUGUUCAGUAUGGCUGGCGUGGUUGUUCGAGCUGACAUACUAGAAGACAAAGAUGGCAAAAGUCGUGGGAUUGGCACUGUUACUUUUGAACAGUCUAUUGAAGCUGUUCAGGCUAUAUCAAUGUUCAACGGGCAACUGCUUUUUGACAGACCAAUGCAUGUAAAAAUGGAUGAGCGAGCCUUUCCAAAGGGAGACUUCUUCCCUCCAGAACGACCCCAGCAGCUUCCUCAUGGGCUUGGUGGCAUUGGCAUGGGAUUAGGACCAGGAGGUCAGCCUAUUGAUGCAAAUCAUUUAAACAAAGGCAUGGGAAUGCCCAACAUGGGACCUGGAGGAAUGGGAAUGGAAGGCAUGGGCUUUGGAAUAAAUAAAAUGGGAGGAAUGGAGGGUCCUUUUGGUGGCAUGGACAACCUGGGUCGCUUUCCAUCUGGAAUGAAUAUGGGCAGAAUGAGUGAGAUGGAUCGUGCGAUGGGUGGAGGAUUUGACAGAGACUUUGGAAGAAAUGAAAUGGGAAUGUCUCGUAGUUUUGGAGACACCCUGGACAGGGGAAUAGGUGGAAGUGCCAGCAUUCCUGGAAUUGAGAGGAUGGCACCCGGCAUUGAUCGUCUGGGUGCGGGAAUAGAAAGAAUACCUUCUGGGAUGGGACAUGGGAUGGAGAGAGUAGGGUCUGAAAUAGAUAGAAUGGGUCUUGUUUUGGAUCGCAUGGGUUCUAAUGUAGAUCGAAUGGCCCCAGGAAUUGAUCGAAUGGCCCCUCUGGGCAUAGACCACAUAGCUUCUAGCAUUGACAGAAUGGGCCCAACCAUUGAGCGAAUGGGUUCUGGAAUAGAAAGAAUGGGUUCUGGAAUAGGUUUUGGUAUUGAUAGAAUGGGUACUGCUAUUGAUCGUGUUGGUACAACUAUGGACAGAAUGGGCUCAGGAGUAGAUCGCAUGGGUUCUGGCAUGGAUAGGAUGGGUCUAAGUAUGGAUCGUAUGGUACCUGCUGGAAUGGGAACUGGAAUGGGUCAAGUUAUAGAUAGAAUGCCAACUGGACUAGAUCGCAUGGGGGCCACUAGUAUGGACAGAAUGGGAUUGGAUCGCAUGGGGGCCACUAGUAUGGACAGAAUGGGAUUGGAUCGCAUGGGGGCCACUAAUAUGGAGAGAAUGGGGCCUACCAUGGGGCAGGGAAUGGGGGCAGGUAUAGAUCGGAUGGGACUUGCAAUGGGAAGCAGUUUUGAAAGAACAAUGGACAUGGAUCGUGGAAACUUCGCAGGCAGUUUUGCAGGCACUCUUGGAGGAACCGGAGGACCUGCAGCUGGGGUGGCCAGAAAAGCCUGCCAGAUAUUUGUGAGAAAUCUUCCUUUUGAUUUCACAUGGAAAAUGCUGAAGGACAAAUUUAAUGAGUGUGGUCACGUGCUGUACGCAGACAUCAAGAUGGAGAAUGGGAAGUCCAAAGGUUGUGGUGUCGUUAGAUUUGAGUCCCCAGAAGUGGCUGAGAGAGCUUGCCGGAUGAUGAAUGGGAUACAGCUUCGUGGCAGGGAAAUUGAUGUGCGAAUUGAUAGAAAUGCUUAAAUUAGUUGCCUUUUUAAACACUGAUACCAGAUCUUUUGAAUUUGUAUUUUUCUUGUUAACCAUUUUAAUUUGACUGGAUGUGAAGACAUUACAAAAAUUCAGUUGCUUUCUGGAGUAAUUUUAAUUACUUUUUUUAACAAAUGGAUUUCCAUUUUACUGUUUUGCAUUGAAUCUGCAAAGUGCACAAUCUUUUUUGUAGUUGUGGCAUCUUGUUGACAUUACAGAUGUAUACGGUAUGACUUUGAUAAUAAAUGCCAGUUACUGAAAGCUUUCAAUCA